AUGCCUCCGGAUGGACAGCAACUACAAUCAAAAGUUUCAAACGCUCGAGGACUCAUCGUUCAAAUCAAAAAUGACCAAAUUUUAGCGAGCAAGGAAUCGUACAAACAACUUUUGGGUGAUCUCUUCAGUGCCAUUGAAGACUUUGACCACGUGGGUGAACUUGGUGCUGGGUUACGCUAUCGAACGAUCUACCCGGGGUCGGAUCGCGAAGCACGUUUGCAUGCCUUUGUGGAAAAGUUCACAAUCGGUGGCCAUUCACUCAGCGAAUUAGAUCUCACAAUACCUACCAAAACCAAAGAUUCGCCAUCAGGAUUCAAAGAGACUAUACCUUCUUCUAUCGGUGGCUCGAUGAAAGAAUCUGCGUUUGACUUGUCCACCCAACCGGUGAUGAUGGAUGUUGAUGACGUAGUCGACCAAUCCAAAUUGAACUUAGAGUCGGAGGAGACUUCGCCAGCAAUCCACCAAAUGUCGUUGGAUAAAGAAGACUCAUCACAUAUCUCAUCCUUUGGUACUGAAAAUGUCAAGCUUGGCGGUUCGGAUUCACGCGCGGAGACGGCAUCGCCCAUAAGAGAUGGGCUUGCAGACUCGUCGAAUAUACAAACCUCCAACACAUUGAAUCCUCCGCGCGCUUCUACUAUCAAUCCCAAUAUCCUCACACUCUCGCCGCGCAAAGCUCGCCCAACAAAAAUGCCAUCACUCCUAUUUGAUGGAGCUACUCAAUCACCUCGGCCCAACCAAUAUGUCUCUCAAGACUAUGUAAACAAUUUACCAGCUGUUCCAGCCCCUAUCAUCACUAGUCGGCUGCUAGGUGCUCAGCCUCUACCCGGAGCCAACUCGAAGCAUUGGCGUCGCCAGGCCGCCCGAGCUGGAUUGUGGGUUGGACCAGGAAGCAAUGAACUAUCAAAGUUGAAUAUCAAGAACCAUCAUAUAGGUCUCAAGGCGGCUUUGGGCCACCCCGAAAACGCAAGGACUGUAUUUGAGGAACUCAAGCUUACGAAGGCCUUGGAGGCUAUCGAACGAAAGAAAGUAGAGAAGUCGUGGGCUUACACUCAACUCAAAAAGCCUCGUAUCGCUCACAUCACAAAGGCACACUGGGAUCAUCUAUUAGACGAGAUGUCAUGGCUCCAGACUGACUUCCGGCAAGAACGGAGGUGGAAAAUUGCGACUGCAUAUCAUCUCGCCCACAAAGUAAAAGAAUGGCACCACUCAGACUCGACUGGUAGAAAAGCCCUUCAAGUUUCUGUUUGUACAAAUAGCGAAAAUUCACAAGAAAUCAAAGAAGACCAAGACCAAACAAAUGCAUUGGAUGCAACGGACAUAUCCAACGUUUCGGCUGGGCCACCUGAAGAUGUCUCACCAUACGCAUCAUCGAAGAACUCGCCGGCAACCUCUCGGUCCAUGAAAUCACUCAAGGGCUCAAUUCUAGCGGAUACGAGUACAGGCGCUACAUCUCGCAAAGGAGCUCUGGGCCCUGAAGGCGCGGUGUCACAGAACGCUGACUCCCGUAAAUCCCAUCAGCGGACAACACUUGCCAGGAUGUCUAUAUUUAACAUUCCACCUGACCAGACAACCAUCGAGCUAGACGAAAAACUUUUGGAUGGCGCAUCUUCUCAAUCAAACUCUGAUGUACUUGAAAGAUGUGCAUUGCACAAGAUGUUCAGCGAUCUUCCUUUGUUUGGCGAUCUGGAUCAUCUAUCUGACAAGCGUGCCGAUGAAGCAAGCCCUUAUCAUGGUCGUAUCACUCGAAUUCCUAAACAUCUUGAAUCAAAACCUUUGCUUGUUAGCACCCUGAAACCCUCGGAAAAUUGUGUAGGAGGGCAAUGGAAAAACUUAUCGGCAUGGUCAGUAGAAGACUUGCGUGAAUUGCCUGAAGGAAGGACGGAAGUUAUACCGAAUUCCACUUAUCUAUUCUCCGGGCGGAAAUCUCGGGAAUCUAAAGAAAACAACACGACAAACAACUCUCCAUCUGUACCGUCUGAAAACAAGGGUCCCAAGCAGUCUUUGUCGUGGACUACAGCGGAUGAAAAUUUGUUAAAAAGCUUAUGCACCACUUAUAAUCUUAACUGGGCUAUCGUUGCUGACAUUUUCAACGUGACAUCAACUGGUUCUUUGAUGGGCCGUGUCACGCCACGAGAUUGUUUUGAAUGCUGGAGUCGCUUGAAUCAAUCCUCAAAACCUACAGAAGAGGCUAUACCUCCAGUCGCUGAAUCUUCACCAGGGCCAUCAGUCGAGACCGUGCCGGCUCCGCCGAAUCCUCUACCAGUGGAAGAAUCUCUACAAUCAGAAUCGAUGCGUGAAGACGAACUCAAACGUCCCUCUACUUCCUCCCCGCCUCCUGCUAAACGUGUCUCCCGUCAAGUAGCUGUUCAUGAGAUUUCGCAACGAGUAAGAGAGAAGCGGGCCGAGGACGAAAGAAAGCGGGCGGAAGAGCUACGCAAACUCAUGCCACCCGGUCAACCACGGACAAUUUGUUUAAAUGCACACGAGACGCACGCGCAGGCUAUCAGACCUUAUAUGACGCCCCUGGAAAUGUCCGUUUUGAAAGCCGAAAGGGAUCGGCAAAGCCAGGUCGCUCUGGAGAUGGCCAAACGACAAUUUCAGAUGCAGCAGGAGUCGAUAAUUCACCAGGCCCGAGCUGCUGCUGCUGCUCAAAUCCCUCUUCGAAAUGGUGCUAGCAUUCAUGCAAAUGGUAACAUACCUGCUCGUAUGGUGUCACAGCCACCUAUCACACAAGGGAAAAACGGGAAUGCAUCUGGAGCCAGUCUAAACCGUCAACUCAAUUCACAACGCUAUGGAAUAGGGAUUGGCGGAGGAUCUCCCGCCAAUCCAAUGACACAACAGAACAUACACCCACCACUUGGUAAUAUAUCUGCUACGAGUACAGCCACAGCCACUCACCCUUCUGCAGUACAGCAGCUACCUACCAUACCAACUCAGGCCUUUCAAUUAAACCCAAGUCUUCAUACGCUUGCGAGCUCCGCUGCUUCUUCUGGACCGACAGGCCAUCCUACGUCCGGACCUUCCCUUGCACACAACAUAUCGCAAGCUAAUAAUGUCACUCGAACUCUUUCACCUCUUCAACAACAGCAGCACUUGCAGCAACAGCAACAACAACAACAGCAGCAACAGCAACAGCAACAGCAACAGCAACAGCAACAGCAGCAGCAGCAGCAGCAGCAACAGCAGCAGCAGCAACAACAACAACAACAACAACAACAUUUUGAUCAACAAUUACAUGCUAGCCAAUACUCGCAACCACAGAUACAAAUCCAACACCCACAGUUGCAACAUCUUCAACAACAGUCACAACUAUUCUUUCAAAAUCCUACAGCUCAGCAAAACACACUUCAAAGAUCUUCUGGUACUACAACCACUCAAAGUAGAGCUACACCUCCUUUAGCUAGUUCACCUCCUAGACCUCCUUCAGCUUCAACUAAUCAUCCUGGACCAACAACAUAG